GGAACAGCAACUGAAGCUAGACCUGGCGGUCAUGGUUUCUCUAUCAUCGAAGCUUCCAAACCUUGAGUAUUUAGGCUGUAAGGUCGGAGGAUUCGAAUAGCCUGAUAUGAUUUGCGACGAACAUGGCGAUGUAGAGCCCCACAGUCACUACACACAUGAUUGGAACGGUCCACGUCGUGAUGCAAGGCACGAUUCCCCAAGCGCCGUGGCACUCCACAACGCUGAAAUACCACCGUCACUUCAGCGAGCGAGCCUGGAUUUUAUCAACCCACUUAAGCAGACACUCGACGCCGACCAAACCAAAUUGUUGCCCAAUCUAGUUGGUCCAGCUCUCUACGACCCAUUCAGCGCUAGCGUCCGCAUCCUUACCAAUAAUCUUCGACAGCUGCGUCUAUGGGCUGUCGUAGACGAAAGCCUGUUUCGAUUAGAAGAUGCUUCACAAUCGCCAUGGUCUAAUCUAGAGAUCCUGAAAAUCAUGUUGCACCCGUUACGACCCGACGGAUCGUGGUAUUUCCAUGAACCUCAUGGUCAAGGUCGUAAUGCGGUUGGCUAUGAAAUCAUUGUCGACUCUUAUCCACCGUUUGAAAUUAGCGAACUCGACGAAGACAUGCACGACUUAGAUAAUAAGUCGUCACUUAACAGCUGCAGCAAUGAAUUUCGUGUGGUACCAGACGAAACGCGUCUCAAGCCUUUUCUCGAGGGCUCCGCUAGAACUGCAGCGCGGAUGUGUUCCUUGAAGAGAGCAAUCAUCUGGUCGCCGACAUACUGGGAUCCAGAAUGGGACGAUGAAGAAGCUCAGGACUACGACAACGUAUUCUACAGACAGAGACCUUAUUGGGGCAUACAGUAUUCCGAUCAAGACAACGGUGUUUGGGGUUCUCUACUGCCAUAUCCGAUAGGCCCAAGCGAAGACAAAAAAGAUGAUCCAGCAAUGCGCUGUCUCAUUUGGAUGGUGUCAAAGUGGCGUCCAGAUACGGAGCUGCGCAAUCUGUUCCAAUACCUUGGGCGCUAGAAGCAUGGUAAUGAUUUAGUCGAACAUUGGGAAGAGAGUUACGACGUCAACCCCCAGUGGACGUCGAGGGUGGAUGCUUGACGAUUACUAUGAUGAUCCUGGUCGCAUUCGCCCUUCGUCGUCGUAUGAUGAGGACUAUGAGACAAGUACCUGAGCAGAAGGAACGAAUGACGCUGCUAGUGCCCUGUAGGUGCAGAGCUUACGUCUCAGAUAUAAGACCUUUCGAUUUUCUUAUCUCUGGUGACGUCGAUGACGCCGGUAAAGUGUGACUCCGUGUAAGAUCAAGGCGGAGCUCUCGACGAGCAGUCCUCGUAAGCGGCAUUUGCGAGCCUUGAUAACGCCGCAAUCUGAAGAACACCAUCAUUGGCAACGUGGUCGCAUUCGCGGUUAUUUCGCUGGAAAUAAGCGACUUUUCGGUGUCCGA